AUGUCGAAGUUCACACAACCAAUACCUGUACACGCCGUUGAUUUGAAUGACUUGACAAGCGAAAGCUGUUCAUUCGACACAAACUACAUCCCAAUGGAUUUCUCUAUCCCCUCACGUGGAAAGUCUCCAAUCGGAUUCGAUGAUAGUAGCCUCCCUGUUAGUAACUCGGGAAGUCGCGUUGGAAGUCGUGUGUGUAGCAGAAGGACUGAUGUGAUGUCUCCUCUCGACUUUUUCGGUAGUGGAAAUAUGGCCAUGAGAGAGGAUUUGUUCAUCUUUAGAUGA